AUGAGAAGACACAGUGGUGAAGAAGAGGCUCUGGUUCAGUAUCACAAGAUCAAGCCCAACACAGAGUUUGCUAAAGAGAGAGAACGUGUGGAAAAGAGGCAAGAAUUCCUGAAGCUCCGGCGACAGCAGCAGAUUGAGCGGGAGCUGACCGGAUACCUGGAGUGGAUCUGUAAAGCUGAGGAGGUGAUGCUGGCUGAAGAGGACAAGAACGCAGUGGAGAAGUCUCUGGGUGCAGCGUGGCACAAGAAGAAGGCCAGCAACUCGGUGCUAAAACGAGCAAAGAAAAGCAAAAACGACUUGAUCAAUGCGGAGGAAGGAGAGGACCACUUCACCGACAUUUCGUCUGUCGCUCCGCAGGGCUCGCCGUUUGCCCGUGGCAGUGUUAAGAGCAAAAACGAGAGCUCAUCGUACUUCAGGAGGAAAGAGAAGAGGAUCCGCUUCACCAUUCGCAGACUGGUCAAGUCCCAGAGCUUCUACUGGACCGUCCUGUGUCUGGUGGGACUCAACACGCUGUGUGUGGCCAUAGUGCACUACGAUCAGCCUGAGUGGCUCACAUACGCUCUGUACCUGGCUGAGUUUGUCUUUCUGGGUUUGUUUUUGGCUGAAAUGUCCAUGAAAAUGUAUGGACUUGGACCGCAGAAUUACUUCCACUCUUCAUUCAACUGCUUUGACUUUGGGGUGAUCAUUGGCAGCAUUUUCGAGGUGAUUUGGGCUGCUAUCAAACCCGGAGCAUCGUUUGGCAUCAGCGUCCUGCGAGCUCUGCGUCUGCUCAGGAUUUUCAAAGUCACCAAGUACUGGAACUCUUUGAGAAACCUGGUAGUGUCCUUGCUCAACUCCAUGAAGUCCAUCAUCAGCCUCUUGUUCCUGCUUUUCCUCUUCAUCGUGGUCUUUGCUCUGUUGGGGAUGCAGCUCUUUGGAGGACAAUUUAAUUUUGAAGAUGAAACGCCGACAACCAACUUUGACACCUUCCCAGCAGCGAUUCUCACUGUCUUCCAGAUUCUCACCGGUGAAGACUGGAACGCUGUCAUGUACCACGGCAUCGAGUCGCAGGGCGGGGUCCACGGGGGCAUGUUCUCCUCCAUCUACUUUAUUGUUCUAACACUCUUUGGAAACUACACACUCUUGAAUGUCUUCUUGGCCAUCGCUGUUGAUAACUUGGCAAAUGCCCAGGAGCUUACAAAGGAUGAAGAGGAGCAGGAGGAGGCCAUCAACAAGAAACUGGCUCUGCAGAAAGCCAAAGAGGUGAAGGAGGUCAGCCCCAUCUCGGCUGCUAACAUCUCCAUCACCGCGAGUUAUGUCUGCACCCCAGUUCACCACUACCUGAGUAAGGAGCAGCAGAAAUCCAUGAAGACCAUGUCCGUCUGGGAGCAGCGAGCCAACGAGAUGCGGCGUCACAACUACGCCAGCUGUGAGGCCCUGUACGACAAAAUAGAGGGGGAAGACUCGCGCCUUUGCCCACUUCGACCCGACAUGAAAACGCACCGCGACAGGCCUCUCGUAGUCGAGCCACGGGGAGAGCCCAUCCUCGGUGAACAAAUAACGCCAACCGAAAACGCUAAAGAACCAGAAUCAAACGCUGAACCUGUAGCUCCCGCCUGCCACCAGUCACGCAGACAUCACAGGCACAAAAGCAGAAGAAGCAAUGAGAAUGGAGACAGCGGGAAAGAAGGGCGACAUCACGUGCACCACAGUCGCUCCAAAGACCCGGACGCAAGUCGGAGCAGAGAUUGUAAAAAGGAGCGGUCGCGGAGCAGAGAAGCCGGGCGCAGACAUCACCACCAGAGCUCAGUGGAGGACAGCACGGGCCUGACCAGCGAGAGGGAACACAGGCACCAUCAUUCACACAGGCAGAGCAGGGAGGGGAACGGGACGGUGAGCACAGGUGGCCGGGGCGAGAGGAGGGCCCGGCGCAGUAAAGAGGGGGAGAGGAGAGACGGAGGAGAGAGGAGGAGGCCUCACACGCACAGCUGCAAGGGGCAGUCCACUAUGGAGACAACAGAGGAUGCCCAUGUUCCCAGCCACAGGGUUGGGGACUCGGAAGGGGAGUCUCUGGCCAUCUCCCCUAAGAACGGCACAGAGUCCUGGGCCACAGAGCGAGCAGAGGACUCAGACAACCAGAGGAACGUGAGGAGAACCGGGCCGGUCCCUUCAGUGCCCCCUGUGACUGUCACUUCUCCUCCAGCCCACGACACCACCAUCAUUCAGAUGAACAGCAUUGACUCUGAGACCAUGCCCAUGACAGAGAAGCAUUUGGAAGACAUUGGUGCGAGCGGCCCCAGACCCAUCCUGCCCUACAGCUCCAUGUUUAUCUUUGGACAGACAAACCCAGUGCGGAGGCUGUGUCAUUACAUAGUGACUCUACGAUAUUUCGAGAUGUCCAUUUUAGUGGUGAUUGCCAUGAGCAGCAUUGCUUUAGCAGCGGAGGACCCAGUGUGGACCAACGCCCCCCGGAACAAUGUGUUAAAAUACCUGGACUACGCCUUCACUGGAGUUUUCACUUUUGAAAUGGUUAUAAAGAUGGUAGACUUGGGCUUACUGCUCCACCCAGGCUCCUACUUCCGAGACCUGUGGAACAUUCUGGACUUCAUAGUGGUCAGUGGGGCCCUGGUGGCUUUUGCGUUUACGAGCUUCAUGGGAUCGCAACAAGGUGUGCCCAGGGGGACCAAAGGCAAAGAUAUCAGCACAAUCAAAUCAUUGAGGGUCCUCCGGGUGCUGCGGCCGCUCAAAACAAUCAAACGCCUUCCCAAACUCAAGGCGGUCUUCGACUGUGUGGUAAACUCUCUGAAGAACGUUCUGAACAUCCUCAUCGUCUACAUUCUCUUCAUGUUCAUCUUUGCCGUGAUAGCUGUGCAGCUGUUCAAAGGAAAGUUCUUCUACUGCACCGACGAGUCCAAGGGGCUGGAGAAGGACUGCAAGGGACAAUUUCUGGACUACGACAAAGACGAGGUGACGGCCAUGCCCAGGGAGUGGAGGAAAUACGAGUUCCACUACGACAACGUGCUGUGGGCCUUUCUCACUCUGUUCACUGUGUCCACGGGGGAGGGCUGGCCGACUGUGUUGAAACACUCGGUGGAUGCCACAUUUGAAGACCAGGGCCCUAAUCCCGGGUACCGGAUCGAGAUGUCCAUCUUCUACGUGGUCUACUUUGUGGUGUUCCCUUUCUUCUUCGUCAACAUCUUUGUGGCUCUUAUCAUCAUCACGUUCCAGGAGCAGGGAGACAAAGCCCUGUCUGAGUGCAGUCUGGAGAAGAACGAGCGGGCCUGUAUUGACUUUGCCAUCAAUGCCAAACCUCUGACGCGGUACAUGCCAGAAAACACUAAGUCAUUUCAGUAUCGCAUGUGGAAGUUUGUGGUGUCUCCUCCCUUUGAGUACUCCAUCAUGAUCAUGAUCGCGCUCAACACUGUAGUGCUCAUGAUGAAGUUUCAUGGAGCUCCAGAUUUCUACGAAUCAAUGCUGAAAAACCUCAACAUCGUCUUUACGACUCUUUUCUCUUUGGAGUGUAUACUCAAAAUCAUUGCAUUUGGCCCUCUGAACUACCUCAAAGAUGCCUGGAACGUGUUUGACUUUGUGACAGUCCUGGGCAGCAUCACAGACAUCCUGGUGACGGAGAUCAAUGACAGACUUCUGAACCUGAGUUUCUUGAGGCUGUUCAGAGCGGCUCGUCUCAUCAAACUGUUGAGACAGGGCUACACCAUCCGGAUCCUGCUCUGGACGUUUGUACAGUCCUUCAAGGCGCUGCCAUAUGUCUGCCUGCUGAUCGCAAUGCUGUUCUUCAUUUAUGCCAUUAUUGGGAUGCAGGUGUUUGGAAACAUCGACCUGAAUGAAGACACGGCCAUCAACCAUCACAACAACUUUCGCACCUUCCUGCAGGCGCUCAUGCUGCUCUUCAGGAGUGCCACUGGAGAGGCCUGGCACGAGAUCAUGUUGUCCUGUCUGAGUCACCGGGCGUGUGACGAGAAAUCAGGGAACACCGGCAAAGAGUGCGGCAGCGACUUCGCCUACUUCUACUUUGUCUCCUUCAUCUUCCUCUGCUCCUUUCUGAUGCUGAACUUGUUUGUGGCUGUUAUCAUGGAUAACUUUGAGUACCUGACUCGUGACUCCUCCAUCCUGGGCCCCCACCACCUCGACGAGUUCAUUCGGGUUUGGGCAGAGUACGACCCGGCAGCCUGCGGACGCAUUUCCUAUAAGGAUAUGUACAAUUUGUUACGCAUUAUCUCACCCCCUCUUGGCUUAGGAAAGAACUGCCCGAAUAGGGUAGCAUACAAGCGGCUGGUUAAAAUGAAUAUGCCGAUCGCAGAUGACAACACUGUCCACUUCACGUCGACGCUCAUGGCCCUAAUCCGCACUGCGCUGGAGAUAAAGUUGGCCUCAGCGGAGGAGGAGGAGGAGGAGGAGAAGGAGGAGCGAGACACAGGUAUGGUUGCCCAGCGCCUGAGUGAUGCUGAGCUGAAGAAGGAGCUGUCCACGGUCUGGCCCAGUCUAUCCCAGAAAACCAUGGACCUGCUGGUUACGCCACACAAACCAAAUGAGCUCACUGUGGGGAAGGUGUACGCAGCUCUGACCAUCUUCGACUACCUGAAGCAGAACCGCAUGAGGAACCAUCUGCACAAGGACGACAGCGGAACAGGACCCCAGUGCAAGCUCGGGGCUCUGUUUAAGCCUCUGCUGCCUCUGCCUCACAUGCAGGAGGUGGUUGUGAUGUCGAGGGGCACAGAGCCUCCCAGAGAGUCUGAGAACCAGCACGAGACCGGACCUAACCCCAGCUCUCUCAACAACGGAGGAGCACCACCCAAAGAGCCACCGCAAAUCAUCACCAAGAGACCACUGUCCCGGGACGCUUCAGAGGACACCCCCGACAACACUGGCCAGGACUGUGUGGAGAUGGUGAAUAUGGAGACCAGUGGCAGCACUUUGCCGAUCCCUGGGUCAGGCCUGGAGAACCAGGGCCGGGCCGCCUCUAUGCCACGCCUCAAUGCAGAGAGGAACCAGUUGCGCCUCUCCCCUGGAAACCAUCUCACCACUGUCCCGGACGCCAGCCCCAUGAGGCGCUCUGCCUCCAGCGUGACCCCACAUCGCCCCCAGGAGGUGAAUCUAAGGGACUACACCCUGGAGAAGCCCAGCCAGGACAGCAGAACCCAUCACCGGCACCAUCACCACCACUGCCACCACCGCCGGGACAGAGACAGAGACCGGGAGCGGGACAAGGAGAAGAGACAGCGGUCUUUGGACACUCCGGUGGGGGGACACCCUGUUGCUGCAGCUGCUGUGGUUCCUGUGGAGGCCCGAUCUGAGCCUGCCCCCCGGGAGCGGCCUCACGACAGGGGCCGGUCCCACGAGAGGAAGCAUCAGCACUCCUCCGUGGACAAGCAGCGAUACUACUCCUGCGACCGCUACUGCAGCCGGGAACACUGCCGCACAAGCACCAAGUCUGCCACAGCCAGCUGUGCGGCCUCCCCCAGGGACGAGCAGGACACCAGCAACAAGCAGGGCAGUGGUUGGGUUAGCUCCUCUUGUAGCAGUCCGGUGCGUGGACGACGGCAGCUCCCUCAGACCCCCCAAACCCCUCGCCCUGGGGUGGCUUACAAGACUGCCCACUCCUCCCCGGUGGCCUUCGCUCUGAGCGCAGGCCGUUUGAGUAGAGGCCUAUCGGAGCACGGCCCGCUCCGGCACAGCGGCUCGCACCACGUCCCCUGUCCGGUCACCAGGAUCUGCUCAGAGCCCUUUCUGGGAGGGGGCCCCGCGGAGGUCAGCCCCUACAGAAGCCUCCGCGAGCAGCUGAAUGUCCUUCCCUAUGUGGAACUGUCGUCGCGGACUGCCCAGCCUCCUCCCUCCUUCCCACAGCACAGACCGGGGGUGCCAAACGGGUACCACCUCAGCUUUGGGGGUAGAACCAGCCCUCGAGCCCCCCGGGUGGCCAGCUAUUACCAAGAAGCAGACGAGGACGACUGGUGCUAG